AUGAUGACUGCUACCUGCUUAGUCCUGCAGAAACAACUUCCAUUAUUUUCAGCCUCGGCUUCACUCAGUCUACAUGGAGACACAACAGCUGAGUACGGCAGUGAUGCGCACUACAAGUGCGCGCUGUCAAACUCCACAGGUGUGCUGCAGGUCACUUGGCAAAGGUUCGUCAAGGGGACAGUGGAGAACAUGGCAACAUACAGCGAGCGCUUUGGAAUAGACGUAAACACGCCCUACCGUGGAAAAGUGCUCGUUACGAAAGAGUCUUUCAGCCCUUCGGCGAUCAAACUGACGAAUCUCACAUGGGAGGAUGAGAGUUGUUUAGUCUGCGCCUUUAACAUCUUUCCUGGCGGCUCGAAAAGAAGUCAGAUUUGCCUCAAAGUGCAAGGGAUAUCAAAGGUGAACACAAUGCACCACGCAAAGCAAGAUGGAGAAGUUGUGUUUAGCUGCUCCGCCACAGGCAAACCAGCUCCCACCAUAGAGUGGAACCUUUCAGAUGGAGCCACAAUCGCAGACCAACCACAGACAGUGACAGUAAAAAACAGCGACCACACGUUCAACACUAGCAGCAACAUAACUGUGAAAGUACCUCCCGGUUGGAGUGGACACGCGGCUUGUGUGCUGAACCGUGGAAAAAUAGGAGAGAGGGAAGAGAGGAUCGCUUUCUCCUCCUCUGCAUUGGAGGACGUGGAUGACCCGAGAGGGACAGGACCGUCUCCGUCAGCGAUCACACUGAUCUGCAUUACUAUAAUUGUUUGCUGUAUAGCUGUUGCAGUGUAUGUGAUUAAAAGGAAUUCUAGGAAUCACAACCAGGGCGAAGGAUCAUGCUGCAUGCAUGCAUAACCAAUGUUAGACUUUCUAGCUGCCCCUUUUGCGAUGCAAGCAUUAAAAACACCUUUCUUUGCAUAUGAAGUGUGAAUUAAGGUCAUGCAUUGGCAGGUAGCUCUAAACUUUCACAUCAGUGGACCUGUCCAUUGACAUUUCUUGUGAACUGCGCUACUCAGCACUUUAAUGUCAUGGAGCUUUGAGCAAAACAUGUUUCAUCCGACUCUGAAUGUAAAAAAAAAAAGAUAAAUACACAAAUAUCAUGGAGAAUAAGCGGUGCAAAGCCACAAGGAUUUGAUAGGAAUAUAGCUUUCGUUUUUUCGGAAUUGCAUGCAGAACCUUUAAGCAGUAAACCGGAGUGUUUUUCAACAAAAGUUUGUGUGUGUGUGUGUGUGUGUGUGUGUGUGUGUGUGUGUGUGUGUGUGUGUGUGUGUGUGUGUGUGUGUGUGUGGUCACUGGAAGUAAGGAAAUACCCUGUAGGCGGUAUUACACUGGGGCUGUGCUGCUAUCUAGUGGUCCUAUCAGGGAAUACAGGGAAGCACAUGCAGACGGAUGCAGGGUCCACAUGGCUCACAUGAAGCAACUCAAGGAAACGUUCCUAGCAAAUCUGAGCAAAUACCUCAACAAAAUAAAUUCUAUGUUUAGAUGUUAUUCACUGCGUCCAUAUAGUAAAUGUGUACUUUCAGUUUGGCACUUUUCUGGCAGCUUGCACUCUAGUGUUUGUACUAUUAUUAAAUAUUAUUUUUAGUGAUACAGUGCAGUCAGUAUGCAAAUGUGCUGGCAUUUAGCUUAAAUACAUUUCAUUUACAUUUAAGCUACAUGCCAGUUUUAGCUGUGGUAAAAUGAAUGCGAGUUAGUCCCAGUCUUUAUUAUGUGGUAUUAACCUGUGGUGUGGUUAUUCUAAAUGU